AUGGAUUUGAUAAUUCUAAUAUCAGAGGAGGGUAAGGAAGCUGGGAAGGGCCUGGAGAAUAAAUCUCAUGAGGAGCGACUGCAGGAGCUGGGGAUGCUCUCAGCAGGAGAUGAAAAUGUGGCAAACACCAGCUCUCCCUCCCUUAAGUCACCUCCACCUGCACGCUCCACAUCACUCUCACCUCCAGGCACCACUAAAGGAGUCGAGCCAGCCAUGACUACACCUGGUGUCUCUCCUGGAGACAGCACAUACCUUUCCACGCACGCAGGCUCCAACCCUGCCAUGGGAAUCAGCAGCCUACCGCACAGCAGCACUGCUGCCCUCACCACACACGCCCCCAUUGCCUUCAGGAAUGCUUCACCAGAUUAUCACACUUCAGCAUCCUUGCACAGCACCAUCUCACCAGCCAGCAUGCCAGCAAGCACUGGGAUCACCCCUACUCCCCUAAUAGGUGUUUCCACACUGACAACUGAAGAACCCUGUGGUGAGAAUCCUUUCAAAGUUGUGGUUAAAAACAGCAGAUACGCGCAAGUAUGUUGGAGCAGCCCAUUUGCCUGUGAUAAAACAACUGUUACCUGCAAAGAUUCACCAGGCUUUAAAGAAUUUAACCAAACUUGUAAAUAUCAGCACACCUUAUUACCCAACCAUGAGUACAACUGCACUGGGGUCGUACAUUUUUUUGGAAAGGACUUUAAGUAUAGCUUUCCCAUAGCAACAGAUUAUGGUGCUCCAGGAGCACCAGAAAACCUUACAGUGAUUUCUGGUGAAAGAAAUGUAACAGUUACAUGGCAGAAACCUAGUGACAUUUCAAUGGGCCCUAUAUAUGGCUAUACAGUGAGAUGCAAUGGCACAAAGACAGAAUUUGUCAACAGGACUGAAUUUACUUGCCAUGAAUUAGAACCUUACAGGAACGGUUUUGUAUCUGUGACUCCAUGUACAAAGAGCAAAUAUUACAAUGAAACACUUACAGGGAAAACUGCAACACGCAACUUCACAACAGAAUCAGCAGAACCACAGCAAGUGAUCGACGUUAGUGCAACACUGACAGCUGAUAAUGCAGUCCAAAUCACAUGCAGAAGUCAACAAGUGUAUGGAAGACUAAAAGUAUUUAGGCUGAUGUGGGAGAAUGAUGGGACGAAGGUCUCCAAUGAAACUGGUUGUGAUUUUAGAAAAGAAAAUCUCUUGUACCUGACAAACUAUUCAUUUGCGAUCUCAGUGUUUAAUGGAGCUUAUGAAGGGCAGCCAGUAAAGAGCAGUAUAAGAACCAGAUAUAAUUCUAAAGCCCUGAUUAUAUUCCUGGUGUUCUUGAUCAUUGUGACAACAAUUGCUUUACUCCUGGUUCUGUACAAAAUCUAUGAUCUUCACAAAAAAAAGCUUAGCAGUUCUUCUGAAGGCAUGGACCUUGUUCCAAUUCUAGAUGAAAGGCAGCUUCUGAACAUAGAGCCAAUACCUUCGGAGAACUUGCUGGACAUGUACAAGAGGAAGAUUGCUGAUGAAGGACGACUCUUCUUGGAUGAAUUUCAGAGUAUUCCUAGAGUGUUCACUAAAUUUUCAAUAAAGGAGGCCAAAAAAAGCCAUAAUCAGAACAAAAACCGUUACAUCGAUAUCCUUCCAUAUGAUCAUAACCGUGUCGAGCUCUCAGAGAUCCCAGGAGAUCCAGGGUCAGACUAUAUCAAUGCAAGUUACAUUGAUGGCUUCAAAGAACCAAGAAAAUACAUUGCUGCACAAGGCCCUAAGGAUGAGACCACAGAUGAUUUCUGGAGAAUGAUCUGGGAGCAGAAGGCAACAAUUAUUGUCAUGGUGACUCGCUGUGAGGAAGGAAAGAGGAACAAAUGUGCCCAGUACUGGCCAUCAAUGGAGAAUGGCUCUGCAACAUAUGGGGACAUCAUUGUGAAGAUCAAGGAAAGCAAAACAUGUCCAGACUAUGUCAUUCAGAAACUGCACAUCACAAAUGGAAGAGAAAGGACAGCUGGAAGAGAUGUAACUCAUAUUCAGUUCACAAGCUGGCCAGACCACGGAGUCCCUGAGGAUCCACAUCUUCUUCUCAAACUCAGACGCAGAGUUAAUGCUCUCAGUAACUUUUUUAGUGGUCCAAUAGUGGUUCAUUGCAGCGCUGGUGUUGGUCGCACUGGGACAUACAUAGGAAUUGAUGCCAUGCUGGAGGGGCUGGAUGCAGAAGGCAGAGUGGAUGUUUAUGGCUACGUUGUGAAGCUGCGCCGGCAGCGGUGCCUCAUGGUUCAAGUAGAGUCACAGUAUAUCCUUAUCCACCAAGCACUUGUGGAAUACAAUCAGUAUGGAGAAACAGAGGUCAGUCUCUCAGAACUGCAUUCCUAUCUUAACAAUCUGAAAAGAAAAGACCCUCCAAGUGAUCCUUCCCUGCUGGAGGCAGAGUUUCAGAGAUUACCUUCCUACAAGGGGUGGCGGACACAGAACACUGGGAAUCGUGAGGAAAAUAAAAGCAAAAAUAGGAAUACCAACAUCAUUCCAUAUGACUUCAACCGAGUGCCAAUCAGGCAGGAAGAUGAACGCAGUAAGGAGGGUGAACAUGAUUCAGAUGAUUCCUCAGAUGAGGAGAGUGAUUGUGAGGAAUCAAGCAGAUACAUCAAUGCCUCCUUCAUAACUGGUUACUGGGGUCCAAAAGCCAUGAUUGCCACACAGGGACCACUGCAGGAAACUGUCUCUGACUUCUGGCAAAUGGUCUUCCAAAGAAAAGUCAAAGUCAUCGUUAUGCUGACAGAGCUGAAAGAAGGAGAGCAGGAACUCUGUGCACAGUACUGGGGAGAUGAAAAACAAACAUAUGAUGGCAUAGAAGUUCAAAUGACAGAUGCCAACUGUUGUCCUAGCUAUACCAUGCGUGCAUUUGACAUUACACAUCUGAAGAUGAAAGAAACACAGAAGGUGUAUCAGUAUCAGUAUCACAAGUGGAGUGGCUUCGAUGUUCCAGAGAAUCCCAAAGAUUUAGUCAGCAUGAUUCUCAACCUCAAACAAAGAGUGCCAGCCAGAGCAGUCACCGAGGACAAGAGUACCCGCAGCAUCCCACUUGUCGUCCACUGUCGUGAUGGAUCACAGCAGACUGGUGUGUUCUGUGCUUUAAUGACCCUCUUGGAAAGUGCAGAGACAGAAGAAGUAAUAGAUGUUUUCCAAGUGGUAAAAGCUCUUCGUCGCACCAGGCUGGGAGUGGUCUCCACCUUUGAACAGUACCAGUUUCUGUAUGACACCAUUGCCAGUACCUACCCCGCACAGAAUGGACAGAUAAAGAAGAACAGCGAUCAGAAAGAUAAAGUUGAAUUUUGCAGUGAAGUAGAAAAACCAGAUCAGGAAACUGAUUUGAUCACUAUUGAUCUUAACCCACCACCACCAGAGGAAAAGGAGCUUUCUGAAGGAUGUGAUGAAUCCAAAGCUGCAGAUAGCACUAAGGGAACAGAAAGCUCCUCAAACGGCCCCACUGCUCCAGUUCUCACUUAA